AUGAAUGGCAAAGAUAUAGCCCUGGCUGUGGCAAAAGCUACAAAGGCCGUGGCAGUUGCCACUGGUGCAGUCCCGAGACCACAAUUUAGGAAUCCAAUGCUUCUAGCCGAUGUCAACCCAAAAGUUGAGUCCGCUGUAGAUCUUCUUAAGGAGAUGUAUAAUGAAGUGGUAGCAGCGGCAAUCCUUAAAUCACCAGUACAACUACAAAUAUUUGAUGAUUCCUUUAGAAAAAAACAAAAAUCAGAGGAAUUAAUGUUACUGAUGAAGGAGACAUGUGAUGUCAUUGUUUCAUUGAAAGCCUUGCUGCCCCUACCACCAUAUAGCUCUGAGCCAGAUCAUCUGCCUAAAGUAGCCACUGCACUAUCCAAAGUCGGGGCUGCGAUCAACCUAAAAAUACUUAUCAACGGCAAAGACCUUAACACGGCCAUUGCAGAAGACGUCGCCGCAACCUUUAAUGCCCGCAAAGCCCUCAAGGCUGUACCCAUAAAACUGAAGAUUAUGAUUAAUGGCAAAGAUAUAGCCCUGAGCCAGAUCAUCUACCUGAAGUUGAGCCAGAGCAUUCGCCUGAAGUAG